AUGGUUCUAUCAAACUUGCAGCCAGAAGACUCUGACGAAUCAUUGGAACUUUCGUCCUCCAAAAGCCAGACUGUUAAUAGUCACGAUGACUUUGUUAUUCGUGAACUGUUGAUGCAUGGGUUGAACCUCUCUCGAGCGAUUAAAAUCUACAAGGAAAGAUUGCCAGAAGAAAAGAUUGUGGCAAUUGCACGAAGACUCUUGAUUGAAAUUGCAAAUUGGGACGAUGAUUCAGAAGCUAGUCUGGGAAAUGGCAGAAUCAACAGGAAUCAGCAUUUCUGUGAUAUUGGGAUUGGUAUUCUUCGCCGUUCACCUUACGAUCUUUCGAAGGGAUCGGAGCUCUUGAUGCAUCACAUCACUAACCUAUCACAAAGUGCUCCCGAAGACUUUUUCGAUCCCAUCUUUUCUCACAUAAUGAGUGACCCUGUGGUCAUUUCAUCGGGAUUCGUUGUGGAUCGAAGUACUGCCCUCAAGAAAGGUUCCGGGAACCUUAAGUUUGCUACCUGUCCGUGGUCACGAGUGCCACUGGAUCCCAAGGUUUAUCCUGCUUUGCGAUUGAAGCAGCAGAUGACAGAAUUCAAGUCAGGUCGGGUUGGUGAAAUGAUUGAAACUGCAUCUCUUUUGCUCAACGCCAAGAACAAUCGCGACUUUUGCAACGUCAUCGAGCUGGCGCAGGAGUUUAUGAACGACAUUGGGCCCAAAGGUCACCGGACCCUUGCAAUGCAAUUGGCACAGUUAGGUCUUUCCACGUUGGACCUGGGACCUUCCGACACUGGAUUAUGCGUACUUCAGCCAUCUUUGUUGACCAAGCAGCUUUUGAUGCUGUAUGCAUUGAAACCGGAAAAUCUCUUGGAAGGGUACCUCCCUGGAAAGGUUCUCGAGAUAUGCAAGAUGGCACAAAAGGCAAUUGACACCCAUCAGUUUGAUGAAGCUGAAAAGUGGCUUGCCUGCUGCACCGAGAUUCAGGACCAGUGUCAGGAUAUGCUGUCUGGUGACAAGGAAAUACCUGUCGCUGAAAUGUAUUUGAAUCUUGCCAAGAAACGCGGAUAUGACAACUUGGUACCAUUCCAAAGAAAAGUCUAUCUUGGGUUCCUUCGUGAUGGCAAGGCUGCCGCAGCCCAGAAGUUUUUGGAAAAGGAAGGCAUUUUUGCUAUUGAUUUGCGAGAUCUUUCGCCAUGCUUUUUUGGAAGGGGUACCCUUUCAAGCUCCAUUAGCAAUGAUCGAUGGAACGAAGGCUGCCGAUCCUCGGCUCUAGAAGGCAAAGUGUCCCAUGUCGUUGUGGCCGCUAACAACUUUCGGGAUCAAGGGUGGGGAAAUAGAAAGGGUGUUCUUGCACUUGGUUUGUACAGCCCCAAUGAUGAAUUGAUCGUUCGUUGCAACUUGUUUGGGACAUAUCGAACCGAAGCAUAUUCCUCCAAGUUUCCCCGUUCAGUAGCCUACCGACUUUUGGAAUCGGAUCAAGAAGUUGUUUCAAAAUGCACACCUGGUUGCUACUACAAGUUGGAGUUCAUCGUAGGAGGUGGAGGAGGCCAUAGUUUAGAGCUUGACUCUUUCAUAUGCAAGAUUUUCUACAAGGAAUGGUUCGCACAGCAAGAAUCCCCACCCAAUGGGUGCUACCGCAUGCAUGAUCCAGAAGGCGAUGCAGGAAUCUUUCUGGGUAAUGUCAAUGGAGAAGGUGUAGCACAUGGUAAAGGUCGACUCGAAUACGACGAUGGUAUUACUUUUGUCGGGACUUUUGCCGGCGGCCUGAUGUUGGAGGGAACGAGCUACCAGAAUGGACAGGCUGUUCAUACGAUGGUGAGAGGAGUCUGGACAUCCGGAAGCUGUCUUGGAAAUCCCGAUGAAACUGUGGUAGCAAGAUUUCCUUUGGAUACCCAUAAUAUUACUGAAACGGAAGAAUGA